AUGAGGCUGCUGAGGGAUGGAGUUGGGCCCAGCCCCCAGACACGGUCCACGGGCUCCACCAGCAGCAGGUCCCUCGGGUCCCAGCCCUCGCUGUGUCCCAGACCCAGAGCCCUGCACUUGCGCAUUAUCCUCCAACCCGAGCCCUUCCAUCCGGCCCCAGCCCCUCCCUGCGCCCACCAGGGUUUCCUCCUACCCCCUGAGGCUCCACCUCGUCUCUCCGAGCAGCCUGCCCUGUGGCCUACCCUGGCCGCUCUGGCCCUGCUGAGCAGCAUCGCCGAGGGCGAGGCCUCCCUGGGUCCCGCGCCCAGCAGCCCGGUCCCCCGAGAAGGCCCCGCGCCGGCCCCGGCGCCCCCCGCGGGUCCCCUGCCUGGGGGCCGCGCGGCCGGUCUGUGCGGCGGAAGAGCCCGGCGGCUGCCGCCCCCGCCGCCCGCGCCCUCGCCCGCUGCCCCCCGAGGGCCCCGCGCUGCGCGGGCUGGGGGCCGGGGCGGUCGCGGGAGCCGGGGGAGCCGCGCGCGGGCCGCGGGGGCGCGGGGCUGCCGCCUGCGCUCUCAGCUGGUGCCGGUGCGCGCGCUCGGCUUGGGCCACCACUCCGACGAGCUGGUGCGUUUCCGCUUCUGCAGCGGCUCCUGCCGCCGCGCGCGCUCCCCGCAUGACCUCAGUCUGGCCAGCCUGCUGGGCGCCGGGGCCCUGCGGCCGCCCCCCGGCCCGCGGCCCGUCAGCCAGCCCUGCUGCCGACCCACGCGCUACGAGGCCGUCUCCUUCAUGGACGUCAACAGCACCUGGAGGACCGUGGACCGCCUCUCGGCCACUGCCUGCGGCUGUCUGGGCUGAGGGCUCACUCCGAGGGUGUGCAGACGCACCCUUACCUGUGGGUCUAACUGCCUGGGACCGGCCAGGGGCCUUGGCCGGAGACGGAGGCUUCAGCCGGGUGAGUGACGGACAUCAGCCCUGCGGAGAUAGAGGCACGACUGACCAGCGGCCCCAGGGCUCUCACCCUGCCGGCCUCAGCCCCGCAGACCCCAGAAACCUCAGCUGUGGAGACCCGAGGACCCACUGCGCACAGACGCUGGCAGUGACCAGGCCAUGGACCCAGGACUCCUCCUCUGGAGAACCCAGAUGUGUCAGGUCGCAGCCUCAGCCCAGGCCUGGGGGGACAGAUCUGGAGACACAUUGCAGUUGUGUUGCUGAAGUGCCUGUGCUGGAGUGGGCCUUGGACUCACUCGUGGGAGCUGGACCCCUAUUUAUUACUUCUAAGUUAUUUAUUUACUUCUGUGGUUUGUCAGAUCCUUUGCUGGGCUGUGGGGGCCGGAUGGAGGUCACUCCCUGACCAUCCCACUCACAACUUCAGGCGCACUCAGCAGUCAUAGGCCUGGCCCGGGACUGCUUGUGCCCACCCAGCAGCUCUGGGAAACGAGGGGCAUGGAACACAGGCAGAGUGAGUGACAAAGGUGUAUUCCCCAGUCCCAACAGGCCAGCCAGCUCACAACCCCUGCACAGUCCCCAGCGGUUGAAGCCUGGGGUUACUGGUGGAGAAAGCCAUACCCUUGAGAACUCUGGCAUGCUGCGAGCCUUGUUUCAUGGUGAAGAUGCAGAGAACCAUAUAUUGCCCCACCCCACUGUCACUGAUCAGAGUCCAGGGCACCCUGACAGGUGCAUAGACUGCCUGUGCUUGCAGAUGGCCCAGCACGGGGAGCUCACUACCCACAUUCCGUGAAACAGCCCAAGUCAAGUGAUGAAGAGGCUGAGGGUGGGGAAGAGGGUGCAGUGGGAGGCUGGUUUGGGGGGAUGAAGCACAGAGCAUCACGGGGAUAAGAAAGCAGGAAAAGACUGAGGGUGCCUAGAGAGACCUGCAUCUUGGGUAAUGAACAAGGAUAUUCACUUAUUCAUUCAACAGAUAUUUAUUAUUUUAUGUCAGAUGCUGGGUAGACAGCAGGGAUACAGAAGUGAACCCAUGAUCUCAGCUCUUAAGCUUAAACCAUGAGAGACAGACAAUAAAUAAUUUACAUAAAUAAUAUUUAAAUUCAGUUUGGCAAACAGUAUGAAAAGGACAAGCAGCUAACAGGUACACACUCUCAUCUGGAAGGAAGAAGAGAUUAAUGCUGACCCUGGCCUUCCACACUGUCCCCGAGUCAUAUCUCAGAAGUCAGUGCAAUCCCUCUGAGCUUCUGUGUGUGUCCUGUGAAAACUUGUUUCCUGGGCCCAAUGAAUUUGUCCUACAUGAUUUUUUUCUUUGCAAAUAAGAUCAGGAUAUGUGUUUGGACGCAUGCUGGGUCUGAGGAACCAUGGGACAUCCAGAGGGGUCGUCAGGAGGCAAUGGGCUGUACUGGUCUGGAGCUGAGGAGGCAGGUCUCGGCUGGAGAUUGAUUUUGGCAGCUGUGAGGACAGAGGCAGUAGCUGCAGCCAGGGGUGCACGAGGCACCAUGAGAGUGAGGCAGUUGAGGCUGGGAUCCCUCAGGCAUUUGACCGCAUUAACCAAAAUUCCUUCGAGCUGCCUAAGUGCCUGCCCGCUUUGGCACAGGGGCCCCCUUCUCCCAGGCUACAGUGAGGAGCUGGCACGGGCUCUCUGAGGGCUGUAUGCAUUCCGGGUCAAGGAGGAGAAACAAGUCUGUGCUUCCAUUCUUCUGUGUUCGCUGCCCCAGUUCUAGGUGCCCCCAAAACUUUGGUGCUCUCGUGCUGCCCUCAAACACCCCCUUGGCCCUUCUCUCUGCCUCCAAACUGAUUCAGGAUCUUCAGUCGCCAACCCCCACCUCGAGCCAAAGAAAAUGGCAGCAGUGCCAUACAGUUUGGAGGCACCUCAUGAAGGCCUGGGCCCUGGUCUUGGCUGGGGGUGAAGGGGGCCUUCUGUCAAUUCCAGGGUCAUUGCGACCAGGGAGCCCCUGCUGGAAAGACUCGAAAGCCUGGCAGAGUUCUCAGACCCUCCAGGCCCUACCCCUUGGUGGACAUCUGUGCUCUCAGAGCCACUUACAGGAGAUGGGUUGAAGCCACGUCUGACAAGGCUCAGAGAGCGAGCCAGGUCAGAACUGCAGCCAAAGACGCUAGCUCUCAACACUCCCCAGAUUGUCAGUCCUUGGGGAGUAGGGUCCCCCCAACUCAAGGCUGCAUUCUGGGGCCCAGAGAGAUUGUGCCCGACAGCUUACAAAAUUGUGGAUGAAACAGCAGCUUCUCCAAAAGGAACACAUUCCCGCAAGAACUAGUCUCAAUCUGCAGCCCACAAUGAACCAAAUCCCUCUUAAAAAUAAGUGAAGCUGUUUUCCUCAAACAAGUUGCAGAGCUCCUCUUCUCUGCCUACAACUUAGCAGAGGUCACCAGGCACAUGACCUCACCAGGUAGAGCACUUCUGCUCCUCGGGAGCCACAGGUAGCUCUAGAAUCUCUUUUUUUGGCUGCACCACAAGGCUUCCAGGAUCUUAGUUCCCCAACCUGGGAUAGAACCCAUGCCCCCUGCAGAGGAAGUGUGGAGUCCUAACCACCGGCCCGCCAGGGUGUUCCCUAGACUCUCCAUUUUGACUGUAGUCUGUUUCAUAUUUGCAAAAUGACGUUGCCCACUUGAAUGAUCUUCCCAGAACUAAGGUAUGGUCUCCUCCAAAGGGGUAUCAAGUCACCACCUCUUGCAAGACAGAAAACUACAGAUGACUUGGAAAUUACAGUUUUUCCAGCUUCAGGGGUCACCCAAACAUCCCUCUAGAUUAGUUUCAUCCAGGAAUCAAGGUUCGGGGAUCCAUGCGCUCCUCCUGCCCCAGCCAAUGGCGUUCCUCCUCUCUUGUCCAGGGACUGCUGCAUUUCCCCCAGCUAGAGAGCCCGGAGAGUUCAUGUGGACUGGCUGCCUAACCGAGGCCUCAUCUUGAAAAGGAAAGGUAGGGUAGAAAGCUGAGAGAUCAGAGAAAAGAUCUAAGAGAAUUUGUGCCAUGUGAGAUCACUUUUCUUGUUCACAGGGGUGGUGCCUAACCUGUUGUGGAGUUGUACAGUCCUUACGGAAACUGAUGAAAGCCAAGGAUCCUCCCCACCUCCCACCUCCCACCUCACUGCUGAAAAAAACACCAAUGUGUAAAUCUGGUGGACAAUUUGAGGGAGCCCACAGACUUUCCGAAGCUCAUUCAGAGAUUCCGUAGGAGUCCAUGGCCCUUGGGCUUUCCUGCCCUGUUCUAGGUACUAUUAUUAAUGUCCUCCUGCAGCUAGAUUAGUUCCUCUGUCUGUGCUCAGGUUCCCAUAUCAGGGCUCUCUGUCUCCAUUAUUUACAAACCUCCCUAUUCUUCAUCCUUUUUCUACUGAAUGUCUUCUUUCCCUCUGCAUUUAAACUCACUUGAAUAUAUCACAGCAUAAAAAAACGACACUGUGAUUACAAAUAUAUAAAUAUCUAAUCGACUUCCACCUCUCCUUCACUAAAAGAGCUCUUGCUGCGGUCCCCAGUGGCCUCAUCAUUACUAAACCCAAAGGCCACUUCUCAGCCUUUAGUCCUUUGGACUCUCAGGGGCGCCCAACUUUGUCAACCCUCUUGGAACACCUGUCUUCUCUUGACUCUCUAUUCCAUACUCUCCUGGAUUUUCUCCUACCCCUGCUCAUUCUCAAACUCCUUUUGGGUUCCUUUUCCUUUCUCUGCCUCUUAAGUGUUCGUCAGGGCUCCGAUACAGACCUUCCUUCCCCAUCUUACUUUCCCUGAGCAAUGUCACCAACUCCCGUGGUUUCAGUUACCGCCUCCAGUCUAAUGAUGCGCUCACUGUACCUCCAGCUUAACCUUUGUCCUAAGCUCUGUCUGUAUUUCCAAUACUUCUGUGUGCAUAGCCUCAGAAACCUCAAACUGAACUUACCUGCCCUAGAUGUCUUCCAUUCAUUCCUUCAGAUGCUGUCUCCACCCUUCUCUACCUGCUCUAAGCCCCACAUCGAUGAGCUUCCCUGCUCUCCAGCCUCCGAGCCUCCUCCAGGGUUCCCUCCCAAGUGAAUGGCACCAGCCUCCAUCCAGGGACACGAGUCAGAAACUUGGACAACAGCCUAGACUCCCUGAGCUUUGUCACUUCCCUUUUCCAUUAGUUCUCAGAUCCUUAGAUCCUGCAAGCCCAUCCCACUUUCUCUCUUCCCAAUGCUAUUCUGUUGAAGUCUUCCUAAUUUGUGGAAUGGUUUAUUGCUCAUCCUCCUAACUGGUCUCUGUCUCCAGCCUCAACUCCCUCCAGUCAUUCUCAGCCCUGUGACCUUUUAACAUUAAUUGAGCACUAACAGUAGUGCCUUGGGCCAGUUAUAGGGAUUCUGAGGUCAGCUAGAAAAAUGUUCUACCAUCAAGGAGACCACAGGUGGAGGUGGAGGUGGGGGAAGGGCUGCCCGUUUGGCAAAUAAAAACAGGACAUCCAGUUAAGCUGGAGU